GGCUAAGUCAUUCAUUUGGUUUCUUCAUAUUUUUGUUCCCGUGGAAUCGAUUCGACGACCAAAUUCAGGCGACUGCUCCGGUCCUCAAUUCUACGCCCAAAAAUUUCAAACAGAAGAAGAGAGGUUUCAAGAAGCAAGUUCUUGUAAUCUUCUUGAAAAACCGAGUAACGUGCUUCAUUGAUCUGUGAUCGAAUCCAACCAUUUAUUUUCUGAGAGAUCCAAUCCGAUUCCCCCGUUUGUGUUUCGUCCACCAUUUCUCACUUUCCCAGAUGGCGCACCGAAGAACGAAGCUCCUCUUCGUUGUUUGUGCCCUCUGCUACGUUAUUUCCGCCAUUGCGGGGAAGAGCUAUUACGAUAUACUGCAAGUGCAGAAGGGUGCGUCGGAAGACCAGAUCAAAAGGGCUUAUAGGAAGCUUGCUUUGAAGUAUCAUCCUGAUAAGAAUCAGGGAAACGAGGAAGCCAAUAGAAGAUUUGCGGAGAUUAGCAAUGCUUAUGAGGUUCUAUCGGACGGGGAGAAGAGAAACAUUUAUGAUAGGUACGGAGAGGAGGGUCUGAAACAGCAUGCUGCAAGUGGAGGUAGAGGUGGAGGGAUGAACAUUCAGGAUAUUUUUAGCCAGUUUUUUGGCGGAGGAGGUGGUAUGGAAGAGGAAGAAAAAAUUCCAAAAGGUGACGAUGUAAUCGUGGAAUUGGAUGCGUCAUUAGAAGAUCUCUACAUGGGUGGUUCACUGAGGGUAUGGAGGGAGAAAAACAUAUUAAAGCCAGCACCUGGUAAGAGGCGGUGUAAUUGUAGAAAUGAAGUCUACCACAAGCAGAUUGGUCCUGGAAUGUUCCAACAGAUGACAGAACAAGUGUGUGAGCAAUGCCCCAAUGUUAAAUUUGAAAGAGAAGGAUAUUUUGUUACUGUUGAUAUUGAGAAAGGCAUGCAAGAUGGCCAAGAGGUCACUUUCUAUGAAGAUGGUGAACCAAUGAUAGAUGGAGAAGCUGGAGAUCUUAGAUUCCGCAUCCACACUGCACCACAUGACGUUUUCAGAAGGGAUGGCAACGACUUGCAUGCUACCAUCACCAUUACCCUGGUACAAGCCCUUGUUGGUUUCGAGAAAAGUCUCAAACACCUCGACGAACAUUUAGUAGAAAUCGGAACAAAGGGAAUUACAAAACCCAAGGAAGUAAGGAAGUUCAAAGGAGAAGGAAUGCCAUUGCAUUUCAGCACAAAGAAAGGAGAUCUUUAUGUCACAUAUGAGGUCCUAUUUCCCACGUCGCUAACAGAGGACCAGAAGGCAAGCAUCCAGAAAAUUCUGGGUUAGUUAUUAAUAGGUUCAUAUAGAUUUUGCAUCUUUUUCUUUUUGUUGUGCUCAAAGAUGUAUACUCCGUUGUAGUAGAGGCUGUAGCAUGUGAAAGGAUGGUUACAAAAAUUUGGUAUCUCUGAGCUCUGCAGAAGUUUUGAUUGAUUUGUUUAACAGUGUUAUCUAAAUGAUAUUGAUCUUCAAUAUUGUUAGAUAUUGUUAAA